UGACAAUUUGAAGGUUAUGAAUUAUGUUAUGUAGGAAACUUUUAAAAUUACUUCAUUUUAUUUUUAUUCAAGCGCGAGCGGCGGAGAAGUUAGUUGGGUAAUUAAUCCGUUUCGAUUUUAGUGAACGGUAGAUUUUACGCUAAUUUUUUUUAUAAGUUUAUUAAUAAAAAUGUGUUAGUGAUGGCUCCUAAUUAUAGCAAAGUUUUAAACAAACACAAGGCUCUUGCUGGAGCAGGAGCCUUAGGAACAAUUCUGCUUAUUAUUUUGAAAUAUAGGAAUAAACAGGGAAAACUUAACAAGAAAAAAGUACAAAAAGCCGUAGAAGAAGAGGUGAAAUAUUUAAUAUCGGAAAAAGGAGAAACUAAAAUCAAAGCACAAGUAGACAAGAAAUUCUUCUCCCAAUUAUCGCAACUAUUUGGAAUCGCCUGCCCAGGAUGGACCAGCCAAGAAAGUGGCUUAUUCUUCUUAAUCGCCUUAAGUUUAGUAUCCCGAUCUAUGUGCGAUUUGUGGCUGAUCAAUCAUGGUACUAAAAUCGAAAGUUCAAUCAUCGCAAUGGACCCAACUCUCUUCAAGCAACGCCUGCUCUACUACGUCUUAGCUAUUCCAAUAAUCUCAGUUGUAAACAAUGUCCUGAAAUACUCAAUAGGUGCUCUGAAAAUCCAACUACGGACUAACAUGACACGACAUCUCUAUGAGGAAUAUCUGAAGAAUUACACUUACUACAGAAUAUCAAAUCUGGACAAUAGGAUAUCCAACGCAGAUCAACUGUUGACGACCGACAUAGACAAGUUUUGUGAAGGAGUUACGGAUUUGUAUUGCAACACUGCCAAACCUUUGCUGGAUAUUUGUAUUUAUGUUUAUAAGUUAUCGACAACAUUGGGAGGGGGCACUCCUGGAAUUAUGCUGGUGUAUCUAUUAGUUUCUGGCGUAUUAUUAACGAAUUUGAGAAAACCAACAGCAAGAUUAACAGCGGGAGAACAAAAAUUAGAAGGUGAAUUUCGGCAUAUCAAUUCACGUCUAAUCACCCAUUCAGAAGAAGUAGCCUUCUACAACGGUAACUCUAGAGAAAAGGCAACUCUCAUGGCCAGUUACAACAAGCUUUUAAAUCACUUAAGGAAGUUCUUAAGGUUUAGAGUCGCAAUGGGCGUCGUGGACAACAUUGUUGCUAAAUAUUUUGCCGGAGUAGUAGGAUUUUGGGUCGUGUCGUUGCCAUUUAUGACAAGUGGACACAGCUUUAGGCUUCUUGGAACAAACGAAAGAUCAAGAUUGUAUUACACGUACGGUAGGAUGUUAGUAAAGUUAGCCGAAGCAAUUGGUCGAUUGGUCCUAGCAGGAAGGGAUCUAACCCGCCUAGCAGGUUUCACAGCUAGAGUUACACAAUUAAAGACAGUGUUGAGUGAACUUAACUCUGGAAAAUACCAACGAACAAUGGUUUCCGGAUCAGAAUCUUUACAGAUCAACGGCGGAAAAUUAAUUUUCAGAAACAACAUCAUUAAAUUCCACAAAGUUCCUUUAAUAACCCCCAAUGGAGACGUUCUCAUUAACGAAAUCACUUUUGAAAUUAACUCCGGCAUGAAUGUGUUGGUAUGUGGUCCCAAUGGGGCCGGAAAGUCUUCCUUGUUUAGAAUUUUAGGAGAGCUUUGGCCUCUGUUCGGUGGUGAGCUCACGAAACCACCUAGGGGGAAAUUAUUCUAUAUCCCACAGAGACCGUACAUGACGUUAGGAUGCCUCAGGGAUCAACUGACAUACCCGCAUUCUGGGGCAGAAGCAGCGCGAAGAGGAACGACAGAUGCCAAGUUGGAGGAGUAUUUGCAAAGGGUGCAACUCGGAUACAUUUUGGAAAGAGAGGGUGGUCUAGAUGCUGUAGCGGACUGGUUAGAUGUUUUGAGUGGUGGAGAGAAGCAAAGGAUAGCUAUGGCCAGAUUAUUCUACCACCAACCUCAAUUCGCCAUUUUGGACGAAUGCACAAGCGCUGUAUCUGUCGAUGUAGAGGGCAGUAUGUAUAAGUAUUGUAGAGAUGUUGGCAUCACGUUACUUACAGUAUCACAUAGAAAAUCACUUUGGCAGCAUCACGAAUACGUAUUACAUUUAGACGGGCGAGGAGGAUAUAGUUUUAAACCAAUUGAUAAUUGUGAUGAACAAUUCGGAUCAUAGUGUCCGAAUUAUGAAAUAUAUUUUUAGGAGAAUUUCUCAAUAAACAAAUGUAGAAUCCAGAAACAAAUGUCGAAACAAACUACACAAAGCUAUAUACCACAAGGGCAAUUGAUACCUUAGUGUAUAUCACCAGUGUGUGAAAGUGUAUAUUUUUUUACAUAAAAUAAGAACACUUUAUACACAU